AUGGGUUCGUCGGCACCCCUUGGUGUCAAUCUGGUGGGCGUCACCGAUACCUCGGCAGUCUCUAUUCUGGAACCCUUGACCGUCAAUGGUGUGUCUGCAUUGAGACAGAAGACGGCCAAGGUACCCACCGGCGUGGCCGCGGCAUCCAACAGUGAUAUGUUUAAGAGCCCGGCGUCUACUUUGAAGUCUGCCGCUCGUUACCUGAAAACCCCAGGUCUUAUCUCUCUCGGUGGUGGACUGCCUUCGGCUGAAUACUUUCCCAUCGAGCACUUGGAUAUCAAGGUUCCUACUGCCCCGGGAUUCUCUCCGGAGGCUACUCGGGAGUCAGGCACAGUUCUUCGUGCCGGAAAGCAUGAUAUCCAAGAAGGAACUAGCACUUACGACCUGGAGAUUGCCCUUAACUAUGGACAAUCCACCGGAGCUGCACCAUUGCUUCGUUUUGUCACGGAGCACACCGAAAUCAUCCACCGCCCUCCCUACUCCGACUGGGGAUGCACCCUGACCGCUGGCAGCACCUAUGCCUGGGACAGUGCUCUCCGCUUGUUCUGUGAGCGCGGAGACUACAUCCUCAUGGAGGAAUAUACCUUCGCCAGUGCCGCCGAGGCUGCCUUCCCUCUGGGUGUAAAGGCCGUCGGCAUCCCAAUGGACGGACAAGGUCUGAUCCCGGAGAAAAUGGACGAAAUUCUCAGUAGCUGGGAUGUCGUCGCUCGGGGUGCGCGCAAGCCUUACGUGCUAUACACCAUCCCAACAGGUCAGAACCCGACUGGUGCUACCCAGUCUGCGGAACGCCGCCACGCCGUGUACGCGGUCGCCCAGAAACACGAUCUCAUCAUUGUCGAGGACGAACCCUACUAUUUCCUGCAAAUGCAGCCCUAUACCAGCGGCGACGCCUCCCCAGUGCCUCCCCCCUCCACCCACGAAGAGUUCCUCAAGUCCCUUGUCCCCUCGUUCCUGAGCAUGGACACUGAUGGCCGUGUCGUUCGUCUCGAGUCCUUCUCCAAGGUUGUCUCGCCCGGUUCCCGGGUGGGCUGGAUCGUCGCCUCCGAGCAGAUCAUCGAGCGCUUCACCCGUAACUUCGAUGUCUCCUCGCAGAACCCUAGCGGUAUUUCCCAGCUCGCACUCUUCAAACUUCUCGAUGAGCACUGGGGCCACGCCGGGUACUUUGAUUGGCUGAUCAACCUGCGUAUGUCUUACACUGCUCGUCGUGACUCGCUCGUUCAUGCCUGUGAGAAGCACCUGCCCCGCGAAAUCGCCCACUGGGAAGCCCCCGCGGCUGGCAUGUUCCACUGGAUGGAAAUCGACUGGCGUAAGCACCCCGGCGUUGCCGCGGGCAAGACUCACGCCGCCAUUGAAGAAGAGAUCUUCCUGUCCGCAGUGAACGGAGGUGUCCUCCUCUCUCGUGGCAGCUGGUUCAAGCCCGACCAUGACCUGGCCGAGGAGAAGAUGUUCUUCCGUGCAACCUUCGCGGCUGCCUCGUCGGAGAAGAUUGAUGAAGCUAUCUCGCGCUUCGCAGAAUCUCUGCGCUCUCAAUUUGGCCUGUAA